AUGGCGGCGGGAAAUCGCCUCUCAGGUUUGACUGCCUUCAGCCGGGCCGUCCACUUGGGACUUGCAAGGGUAAACGCUCAGGCUGCUCUUACCUCGGUUGGAGCUGCACAUAGCACGGCGAAGGCAGCAUACGGGUACCUUUCGCAGUCAAGAACGACUCCCGUGUAUAAGGCGGCCGCGAACAACGCUAACAAAGGGAAAGCCGGCCACGAGAUACCGCUUGGUGAAGCGGCCUCGGAAAAAUCCACCAGGACCGUUCCACCACCAGCAUCUCAACGAGAUGGCAGGGUGAACGCUUACACGAAGAAUGACGCAACUCAUAAGAAGGGAGGUGAUUCAGGACCUCGGCGGGAUGAACGUAGACAGGAUCCCAAACGAGUAUCGCUUCAACAGGACAGCCGAUUUUUGAAUCCACAAAAUGACGAGCCUGAGAAUUACUAUGAUAUCAAGGAUCCGCGCAAUGCGGUGCCGUCGCCCGGAUUUGACGAGAAUGAUCGCAGGGCCAAAAUCACAAGCAGAGAGGAUGCGACGGAUGAAAUCGAAUUGGAGUUCGAUGGCGAGCCGUUGCCACAUCGCAAUGCAAGUGAUCGCUUAGGUACGUUCGGAUCAAGGACUGUGACGCUUAAGAAGCCUUGCGUGGUCACAAAGCGGUUGAUAACAGUGGAGGCACCAAUCCACAGCCUCACCGGAAGGGACGUUCUGGAAGCGGUGUUACACGGGCUCCACCAUUACGCACCGUUCACGACAGUGGAGCAGUUGUAUAAACAUGUACAAACGGAUAGUGUAACCGUGGGCACAGGAAAAGGGUGCGAGUCAGAAUUGCUAGCGUCCUUGGAGGACCAUGUAUGCCUGCUGGCACGGAACCGUGGACUGCGCGUGCGCGAGGCGGUGAUGUUGGCCAUGAUUUACGACCACCAAGGGUCACUUCGUCCGGAGAUAAGGGACGCGCUCGCCGUGGCGUUGCAGAUGCAGCUGUGGGCGUUCAGGCCCUACGAUGUGGCCGCAACCGUGUCAGUCUAUGGAAAGUACGGGAGCCGAUACCGGCCAUUGCUCAACACGCUGGGGCUCGUCUUCUACGACAUGAUGAUAGCGGGCAAAACCGCAGUUGCGCCGCAGGGGCCAUCUGUGGACGAGAUGCUCGCCGUGAUAGAGUCAUACUCGAGAGUGGAUAUGCCCAUAAAAAGGGUUACGGAUGCCGCGUUCGGGACCCUGUACCAGCAUGUUAGUCAAAUGAGCAGGGGGCAGAUGUUAACGGUGCUAGACGCGUUCUUCAAGCUAUCUCAAGAUGGCAACUUCGUUGAACUCUACACGAAAAUCAUAGGGAAACUGUUCGGGCAGCCAGUCCUAUUCGUCGACGGUUUCCAGAAAUACGCCGAGCGCUACUUGAACGCCAACUUUCAGUCUCCAAUGGAGAACACGGAUAUUGCAACCAUUGGCGAGCAGAGCCCCGCGUACGCGCCGAACGAAGUGAUGCGACUCAUGGUCGCCAUGGCUAAAUGCAAAAGCGAACAGCUCAUCCACGCAGUGCACAAUCGCAUAGAAUUCAAGAGGCUCUGGAGCCAAAACAUUAGGGAUAAGAUAAUGCCAUGGAAGGCAUCGGUGGUCGAACCAGGUGCGAUAAUUGCUCCGGGUCUCGUAGCACCGCCAAUAGACCAUGUAACGAUGGUUGAAGCAGCCGGACGUGACAAGGUAAGCUCCGGAGUAGAUGUAUGUCGCGCGCAAAUAAGUGGCAAUGACCACGCUACGGCAAACAAAAGUGUGGAUGUUACAGGUGACAACGCCGCAAACCAUGGCGCCGACGUCCAACAGGUUACCCGAGAAGCAGAUAAUCAAGUUAAUACAAGCCCAGAACCCGACGCAGAAAUACCACUAGAUGUUAGUAGUGGCAGUGUAAUGGUGUCAUACGCCGAUCAAAUCCCAUUAAUUUACGAGGGGAUGCUGCGGAUGUUAUCGGACACUCUAGGUUUCACGCAGCAUCCGAAGCACUUCUCGCAGCUCAUAUACGAUGCGAACCGAUCCGUGGUAUCAAAGACUGCUGAUGUAUGUAAAGAACUCGGUGUUGAUUCGACUUUUGAACGUCUGUCGCGCCACUGCAGGGCGCAUUAUCCCUUCGUCGCCUCCCUUUAUGCAAUCUGGAGGCGUUACGGAACGCCUGGCGACAGUGCCCUGCAACAUACCGCGGAUAUGCCUUUAUUUAAGGUUGAUGGAGCGUCAGUGCAAGCAUGCCCGAACACCCCUGAAGAUGUCAUUAUUAUACACGCCAACCAGCUAAUCAAAAGUGCUACAGAUGGAUCCGAAGAAAAUAAGCAAUCGGGCAAUGCUGGCUUAGCCGCUAACACAGUCUACCCAUAUUUAUGCUCAUAUGAAAGACGUCUUAAUGAGGCUAUGCACGCCCUAUCAGUCGGGGGUGGUGCUAACGUGGACAAGUUUUGCACCGGUCCCCAGGUUUCAGCUAACGACCUAGCUCUGACAAUCCGGGCUCUACAAGAUUAUGCGAGAUAUGCCGACCACCUACAUACUGAAACUGUCAAUCACCUUGCUGCAUUGUAUUUCAGGAUGCUAUUCGUAUCGCCUAGUGCGCCUGUGGCGUCCGCUGAAGUCACCAGUACAGGCUCAUCAGAAUUUUUGAAUUGCAUAAUGGAUGCCACGCCGACGAGUCUGAUGGUGGAACAUGGGCAUAUACCGUUCACCCAGAAUAAAAACGCAGUUGGGAAUCCGGAAUUCUACCAGGUCAGGCAUGCUGAGUAUAUGUACUACAAGCCCACGCCGCUAUUUACGGACUUGUUUCGCGGGAACGCGGAACUGUACGGCCUUAUGAUGUAUACAGUUGCUCACAAGUUACAAUAUUCUGGGACACGUGGAGGUCCGGAAUGUGAUUUGGCAUCAACGGUCCAGGUUGUAUGUACCAUGCAGCAUGUGCUGCAUCCGUUCUACGUUAUCGCCAGAGGCAGCACUAACGACAUUCUAAAAUGGCAUGCGUUGUAUUACAAAGGUGUACUGAACGCGUGUCAUCGCGUGAAAGGCUCGCAAUUGAAGGGGAAUUGUAUUGACGUUAAGAUGGAUUCACUGGAACACAGCCUGGGAGAUCUCGGAGACGAUGCCAAUACGGAGAAAACACCUAAGUCGCAAUUAUCCCAUCAGCUACCUCAUGCUGAUGAUAAUGGUACUCCUGGUGCGUGUAAUGGUGCUAAGGAAUAUUUCGCGGCUUCUAAAACCGGGAUGAAAGAGCUCGAACUCCUACGUGACACGGCCUUCGCCGAAGCUGCCGCGGAUAUUUCAAAAGUCAUGCGGUGCCCUUUGUUUCGCCAUUCCGCCACAGUAUUCGCAUUAGCACUGCUGGAAUACAUACGUCAGGCGAUAGAAGCGCUACAAUAUGACGUUGAUCAGAUCGGCCUUAGUGGAUGUGCUGAAAUUUCCAGGACUCUAUCCAUGCUCAUCGCGUUCCAGCAAAUGAUGGAAAUGGAACUCGACGUCGCUCACCAAACGUUGCUAAAUAAGUGUCAAAACGACAUAGUUGCAGUCGUUGCCAGCAAGGUAAUGGCGGCCGCGGAGGAUGAACCGGGAGUUGGCCGGGACCUCAUGGCGCUGCCAAGGGAUACGGCCUGGCGUGGCGAGUCGCAGGGCGGGUUUGCGGAACGCGUAGAGUCCCUGUCGAUACGCAUGGAAAGACAAGACUUCCUGCGGACAGCCCACGCAAUGGCCAUCUCCUUGAGCGCCGUGGAACUCACGGAACCGCUUGCUGACGCCGUGCACACAAUUAUGCAGGUCAUGUACAAGCGGCUCCCGUACAUGGCGGACAUUGAUCUCGUAGGUGCCGCUAUAACCGUUACGGAGGUUUACGCGGCUCUGGUGCACACGCAGGAUUACUCAGAAGAAGAUCCAGGGGGUAGGCUGACUCAGCUGGUACGCAUUCUGCGCGUGCAAUGCCGAGAACUUAUCGAGAUGCAGCCGGCACACACGGACGAAGUGUAUACGCUCAGUACAUGUGGUAGAUUGGCGUUGAUUGCGGCUAUCGCAUAG